AUGGCCAUAUAUUCUCCCACUUUCCGGUAUUAUCACACAUCAGCUUCUUCUUCACUAUAUUAUGGAGUGGCAAAAUCCCAAUACCGCCCAUCGUUAAAAUAUUCGCAUCCAUUAGCGAAAACUCAAAAUUACUCGACUGAUUUUAAAACUAGAAAAACCCAUCAGAAUCGAAGGCCUUUUCUUGAAAAGCUCAAGGGACAGCAAGGUUUUGACCCAGUUCAGAAGCUAAAGGAAGACGGGGACUGGAGCAAUGAACAAUUAUGGGAUGUUGUUAAAUUACUCAGAGAGACUUCAAGGUCCAAUGAAUUUCUUAAGGUAUUUGACUUGUGGAAGUCUAUGGAAAAAUCAAGAAUCAAUGAAGCCAAUUAUGAGAAGAUCAUAGAGAUUUUAGUUAAGGAGGGACUAGUAGAAGAAGCUGAAAUAUGUCUAAGAGAAAUGAAAUGCUAUGGACUUCGACCUUCUAUUGGAAUAUACAAUUCUGUAAUUCAUGGCUUCGCUAGAAAGGGGAGUUUCAACAAUGCUAUGUUUUAUCUCAAAGAGAUGGAAGACGUUGGUGAGAAGCCAGAUUCUGAAACGUAUGAUGGUCUAAUACAAGCUUAUGGGAGCUAUAAAAUGUAUGAUGAGAUAGAUCAAUGUGUACGGGCAAUGGAGUCUACUGGAUAUUUAUGUGAUCAUAUCACUUUUAAUUUGCUCGUUAGAGAAUUUGCAAGAGCUGGAUUGCUCCAAAAGAUGGAAAGUAUGUAUAACAGUCUCUACAGUAGAAGAAUAGGUUUGCAAGCUUCUACUUUGGUUGCAAUGCUUGAGGCAUAUGCAAAAUUCGGGAUCUUGGACAAGAUGGAAAAGAUGUAUCGACGGAUUUUGAACUCAAAGUCUUCUUUGAAAGAGGAUGUAAUUCGAAAAUUAGCAGCAGUUUACAUUGAGAAUCGUAUGUUUUCUAGAUUAGAAGGUUUGGGACUUGAUCUUUCUGCAAAAACUGGUUGCACUGAUCUAGUAUGGUGUUUGCGCAUUCUCUCACAUGCUUGUGUUUUGAGUAAAAAAGAAAUGUAUUCCAUUAUCCAGGAGAUGGAAUCACACGAAGUGCCGUGGAAUGCAACUACUGCAAACAUUCUCUCUCUAGCUUAUUUGAAAAUGAAUGAUUUUAAGCAUUUGAAAGUAUUGCUUUCAGAACUACCAUCUCGUUAUGUAAAACCUGAUUUAAUCACUGUUGGAGUCCUGUUUGAUGCGUGCGUAUUAGGAUUUGAUGGGGCAUCUGUUAAAAGUACUUGGAGAAAAAUGGGAUUUCUUGAUGAUGAUGUGGACGUGAACACUGAUAGUCUUGUUCUCUCUGCAUUUGUCUUAGAGUGGAUGGAGUACCGGACUGGAAACAGGCUACAUGCCUUUCUAGUCACUGGAGAAAAUCUCUCCAGUGCAUUGAGGCUUCUGGCAAUUGCACUCAUUGGAAGACCGUUAGGACUUACAAUGCUUGGCUUCUGCUAG